GAAAGAAGCAAACAACAGAAAAAGUGUUUUCGCUGGUGGUGGGGGACACAAAAGUGGCCAAACACUGCACGGAACGGCGGUCCGCUGGAGGAUUACAUCUCGCACAGUGUUUAGUUAUUAUGGUGUUUUCGAGGAGGAAGAUGAAGCAGCUGUUCGCGUUCGGUGUGGCCAUCGUGCUGGUAAUCUGUUUGUACAAGUCGUGGGGUAAUCCGACCGGUGCCAAGUUGACCUUGGGAAUCGCCGCCGGAGAGAAUGAGCUGGACGCGAACCCGGAGCGGUCCCGCUACGUGGUGGAUCGUGAUGCCGACGGAGAAGGCACCGUUCGGCGCCGGAUGGAGGUGGCCCUGCGAAGGCACCCUCCGGUCGGCGAGGAAGCAGGAGGUGCCGAAGUAGGGAGCAAGGAUGGUCACAUUGACGAGGUGCACCAGGCCAAACAGCAAAUACUGGCGCUGGAGCGGAAGAUUCAGGAGCUCGAGGGUCGAAUACCCCGCAAGUAUCCGGACGUGACGUUCCUGAACUACAAGAAUCGGAAGCGAAUACUGAUCACGGGCGGAGCCGGCUUCGUCGGGUCGCACCUGGUCGACUACCUGAUGAUGCAGGGCCACGAGCUGAUCGUGGUGGACAACUUCUUCACGGGGCGGAAGCGCAACGUCGAGCACUGGCUGGGGCACGAAAACUUUGAGCUCAUCCACCACGACAUCGUGAACCCGCUGUUCAUCGAGGUGGACGAAAUUUACCACCUGGCGAGUCCGGCCAGCCCGCCGCACUACAUGUACAACCCGGUCAAGACGAUCAAGACGAAUACGUUGGGAACGAUAAACAUGCUUGGGUUGGCAAAGCGCGUCGGGGCUAAGGUACUGAUUGCAAGUACGUCGGAGGUUUACGGUGAUCCGGAUGUGCAUCCCCAGCCGGAGACCUACUGGGGUCAUGUGAAUCCGAUUGGGCCGCGAGCGUGCUACGAUGAAGGUAAGCGGGUAGCGGAGACGUUGGCGUACGCGUACGCCAAGCAGGAGAACGUGAACGUGCGCGUGGCACGAAUCUUCAACACCUACGGACCCCGGAUGCACAUGAACGAUGGCCGCGUUGUGUCCAACUUUAUCAUCCAGGCACUCCAGAAUCAGUCGAUUACUAUGUACGGCAGUGGCAAGCAAACACGGUCCUUCCAGUACGUGUCGGACCUGGUGGACGGCUUGGUAGCGCUGAUGGCGUCCAACUACACCCUGCCCGUCAACCUGGGAAACCCCGUCGAGCGGACCAUCGAGGAGUUUGCGGAAAUCAUCCGCGAUUCCGUCGGUUGCAAAAGCAAAAUCGUCGAGCUGCCCGCCGUCGAGGACGAUCCGCAGCGGCGCAAGCCGGACAUUGCCCGCGCCAAGCGAUACCUGGACUGGGAACCGAGGGUUCCACUCAAGGAAGGUCUGAUAAAAACGAUCGAAUACUUCCGGAAAGAGCUGGCCCGGUCGAACCACUCCCAGCGGAACAUUUUCGUUCCGGAAACGACUGAAAAGAAAUAGCGAUAGCGUAACAAACAAACAAAAAAUGCGGUGCUGUGGUCUAAUCCUAGGUUUAAUCUCUCUGUCUCUGUCCGAUGCGCGAUGGGUGUGUCUUUUGUAUAGCGAAAUCGUGAUUAACAGCACAACAAGCAGUUAACAAAUUGGGAUCAUUCCCUCGCGUGAAAUGAGUUUCAAGUGUUUAAAUUAAUUGGGAAUAUUUUUCGUAUGAAAUUGAAGGUUGACUUAUUUCCCCCUCUAUACUUUUAACCCUGUGUUUUUUGUGUACAUAACUUCCACUGUCCUUGUCUAGUCUUGUUUUAUGUGAAAAGUUUAACCAUGUUUUCCCUGAACCUGUAUGAUUGUGAAUAAAUACGAAUGUUAGGAUA